AUGAAUCAAUUAGGAUCCGGACCAACAAAACAAGGAGUUGCAACAAAUACAGGUUCAACUGGAACUACUAAAAAUAAUAGCAACCUUAGUGGAAAAGGUUGGGUUCUUUAG